UUCCAGCGGGUCACACUCCAUGCCACGGGAACAACAGGCUAGGAAAGAUCUUGUCCAAUCGUUCCACAUGCCAGAUGACUACACAACCACCACUUCGUUUGUCACCACGGACCGUGUGAGACGCUCCCCAUCUCCUCCGUCUUUCUCCAAGAGCCCACAACCAGCUUCCAACUACAAGGUGCACGUGACAACACCGUCUUAUGAUGAUGACAUCGCCAGGGAUCAUGUGAUCACCUCUUUAUAG